AUGUCGAAGAUGCAACGAGAUUUCUUAAAUGAUGCAAAGGAAGCAGAGGCUGCUCCUCCACCGGCACUGACGAACUCUUUCUCAGCUGUUGACGGAGAUUGUCCAGAAGAAAAGAGUUUGUCUGACAACGAACCUAAAUUAGUGGCGUCUUCACCUGGAAGAAAGGAGCACUCAUCAAUUUUUGACUCCACAACGGAUGAUCUAUCGGAAGUCACUUCAGUGGACUUGACGAUUUCUGAGAAAUCUUCGACGGAUUUUAUAGUCAUUGAAACUUCAAAAUGCAUUGUAGAACCUAAAGAAAAUGAUUCAGAAUCUUUGGAAGAUGGAGAAUCUAUAAAGAAAGAUAGCUCUGAAUCCGGAGAGAUAGUGAAGCCAGAGAAGGUGCAGAAGAUGGUGAGAUUGCAGAGCAACGAUAACAUGUCCGAUAACGUGAAUCUGCCAAAGGCAAUGUCGUUAAAGCCGUGUCCGAGUGUUGGCACGAGCCUUGAAAUAUAUGAUUAUGUGAUGAGAUCGAACGGUGGUGGUGGAGAGAAUAAUGGUGCCGCGAUGAUGGAAGAGGCAUGGGAGAGACUGAAGAAAUCUUACGUCUACUUCAAAGGAAAGCCUGUGGGGACAUUCGCUGCAAUGGAUCCUAUGGCCGAGGCUUUGAACUACAAUCAGGUUUUUGUGAGAGAUUUUGUUCCAACUGGCUUAGCUUGCCUGAUGAGGGAUCCUGCAGAACCUGAGAUUGUAAAGAACUUCCUAUUGAAGACCCUUCACCUCCAAGGUUGGGAGAAAAGGAUUGAUAACUUUACCCUUGGAGAAGGUGUGAUGCCCGCAAGUUUUAAGGUACUCUCUAACUCGCAUCAGCAAAAGGAGACCUUGAUUGCGGAUUUUGGUGGUAGUGCCAUAGGAAGAGUAGCGCCUGUGGAUUCUGGCUUUUGGUGGAUUAUACUGCUAAGGUCAUAUACCAAGUGCACUGGUGAUUAUACACUAGCAGAACGGCCUGAGGUGCAGAGAGGAAUGAAGUUGAUUCUCAACCUUUGUCUCUCAGAUGGCUUUGACACUUUCCCUACACUUUUGUGUGCAGAUGGAUGUAGCAUGAUUGACAGGAGAAUGGGAAUAUAUGGGUAUCCAAUUGAGAUCCAGGCUCUCUUCUAUUUUGCACUGAGGUGUGCCAGACAAAUGUUAAAACCAGAGCGUGACGGCAAGGAAUUGAUAGAACGAAUUGAUAAGAGGAUCACAGCUCUCAGCUAUCACAUCCAGAAAUACUAUUGGCUUGAUUUUACACAGUUAAAUAACAUAUACCGUUAUAAGACUGAGGAGUACUCCCACACAGCUGUUAACAAGUUUAAUGUCAUCCCGGAUUCUAUCCCCGACUGGGUUUUUGAUUUCAUGCCCUUGAGAGGAGGAUAUUUGAUUGGCAAUGUUAGCCCAGCUCGCAUGGACUUCCGGUGGUUCUUAGUAGGGAACUGCAUUGCCAUUUUGAGUUCUCUUGCCACGCCUGCGCAGGCAACAGCCAUUAUGGAUUUGAUUGAGGAGCGCUGGGAGGACUUGAUAGGAGAGAUGCCUUUGAAGAUCUCUUACCCAGCCUUGGAGGGACAUGAAUGGAGGAUUGGCACUGGAUAUGAUCCAAAGAACACACGCUGGAGUUACCAUAACGGUGGAUCUUGGCCAGUUCUCUUGUGGCUACUUGCUGCAGCAUCCAUUAAGACCGGAAGGCCUCAAAUUGCAAAACGAGCAAUAGAACUGGUGGAACAGCGGCUCUCUAAAGAUGGUUGGCCUGAGUACUAUGAUGGUAAGACUGGACGUUAUGUUGGGAAGCAGGCAAGAAAAUAUCAGACAUGGAGCAUUGCUGGGUAUUUGGUUGCAAAAAUGAUGGUUGAGAACCCUUCCAAUCUUCUCAUGAUUUCUCUUGAGGAGGACAAGAAGAUAGCCAAGCCAAAGCUCACCCGCUCAGCCUCAUUUUAA